UUUUCGCGAAUUUUAAACAUUUUUCGUUUAAAAGUAGUACGGUGUUAGGGUAAAAAAAUACUUCCGGUAAAAUAGGGUGAAGGCAAACAUGUUGAGGCUGUGGUCAUCAGCCCGUGGGUUUAAGACUAAACAGGUUCUUGCAUCACUAGCACGAUGUAACUCGACAGCCCCGCCAGAAAAGGUUGAAGUAUUUGUUGAUGAUAAACCUGUGCUGGUAGAACCAGGAAGCACACUCCUUCAGGCAUGUGCAGAGGCAGGAGUAGAAAUACCAAGAUUCUGCUAUCAUGAACGUUUAUCUAUUGCUGGUAACUGCAGAAUGUGUCUGGUAGAGGUUGAGAGGUCUCCAAAGCCAAUCGCAUCAUGUGCUAUGCCAGUGAUGAAAGGAAUGAAAAUUAAAACAGACUCUCCAAUGACCAAAAAGGCCAGGGAAGGUGUGAUGGAGUUUUUACUGAUGAAUCACCCCCUGGACUGUCCCAUCUGUGAUCAGGGAGGAGAAUGUGAUUUACAGGAUCAAUCUAUGGCAUUUGGCAGUGAUAGAAGUCGUUUUACAGAUAUGGAUCAUGGUGGCAAAAGGGCUGUAGAAGACAAGAAUGUUGGUCCACUGGUGAAGACUAUCAUGACUAGAUGUAUACAUUGUACCAGAUGUAUUAGGUUUGCUAGUGAAGUAGCAGGUGUAGAUGACCUUGGAACAACUGGUCGUGGUUCAGAUAUGCAGGUUGGAACCUAUGUUGAGAAAAUGUUCAAAUCUGAACUCUCUGGCAACAUAAUUGAUCUGUGCCCAGUAGGAGCCUUGACAUCCAAGCCGUAUGCCUUCACAGCUAGACCGUGGGAAACCAGAAAAAUCGAGUCUGUAGAUGUGAUGGAUGCUGUAGGAAGUAACAUUGUUGUUUCGACGAGAACAAAUGAAGUCAUGAGAAUCUUACCUAGAGUUAAUGAGGAAGUAAAUGAGGAGUGGAUCUCGGAUGCUACAAGGUUUGCCUAUGAUGGUUUAAAAAGACAGAGACUAACAACACCAUUUGUGAAGAAUGAGAAAGGUGUAUUAGAACAGGCUGGCUGGGAGUCUGCCCUCGUUACUGCAGCACAGAAGCUUGUAAAAAUGGCAAAUAAUGUCCUUGGGACAAUUAUUGUUGAAGAUAGACAUAUACAAUACAGCAAUGAAAACAUUUUCAUUAUUUGCAUUAAAUGUUUCAGAACUGAUCUUCGCUCCAACUAUUUGUUGAAUACAAAGAUUCAAGGUGUAGAGGAGGCUGACCUGAUCUUAUUGGUUGGUACCAACCCAAGGUUUGAAGCCCCAUUAUUCAAUGCCAGAAUCAGAAAAAGUUGGAUCAACAAUGAUCUAUCAAUAGCUAUGGUGGGUACACAAGUAGACCUCACAUAUGAUUAUGAUCAUCUUGGUGACUCUGCACAGAUUCUAGAAGAUAUUGCUAGUGGAAAACACCCAUUCUCAAAGACCCUAGCACAGGCUAAGAAUCCUAUGGUGGUUGUAGGAAGUGCUGCAUUACAGAGAGACGAUGGUACAUCUCUUUACAAAGCUGUCUCUACCAUAGCACAAAAUGCUCGCGUACAAUGUGGAUGUGGUGAAGACUGGAAGGUUCUUAAUGUUCUACACAGAGUAGCAAGCCAGGUUGCAGCUCUAGACAUUGGUUAUAAGGCAGGUGUAGAAGAGAUUAGAAAGAAUCCUCCCAAGGUUUUAUACUUACUGGGUGCUGAUGAAGGCGCUAUUACCAAGGAUGAUAUUCCAGCUGACUGUUUUGUCAUUUAUCAAGGACACCAUGGUGAUCAUGGAGCAUCUAUGGCUGAUGUUAUAUUCCCUGGAGCAGCUUACACAGAAAAGGAUGCCACAUAUGUCAACACAGAGGGUCGUGCUCAGCAAACUAAACUGGCUGUUACACCACCAGUGUUAGCAAGAGAAGACUGGAAAAUAAUCAGAGCAUUGUCCGAGCUAACUGGUAACACUCUUCCCUAUGAUAAGAUACAAGAAGUAAGAGACAGACUGCAUGAGGUGUCACCUAACUUGGUACAAUAUGGAGAAGCCGAAGAUGCCAAUUACUUUAAACAGGCACAGGAACUUACACAGACAAUAAGUGGAAAGGUGCAUGAUAAACCCCUUACUCCACCAAUGUUAAAUCUCAAAGAUUUCUACAUGACGAACUCAAUUGGCAGAGCCUCUUCAACAAUGGCUAAAUGUGUAAAAGCUGUACAAGAAAUGGAUUAAAACAAUUCUUACAUUCUCUGAGAUACUUAGUGUGUGUGAAUUUUUGUUAAGUUUAAUUCAAACUAAAGGUGUGCUAGAGUGAAAAAUGGUCAACAUGCAAGUUUUGUAGUUAAAAUGGACUCUAUAAGAAACAAUUUUUGUGUUUUUUCUUCAAGGAAUGUCAGACAUUUGUAUUUUCUAAUUCGGAAUUAUGAUUUUAUCAUAUAUAUUAAGAUAAAGGUAUAAAACCAGUAAAUUUGUGGUUUUAUUUAUAUAUAUGUGAAGUAUAGUGCUACAAAUGAUGAAGAUACAGAUUUUAAACUAUGAACUUAAUACUAGUAUCUGGAAAAAAAAGCUUGAUAUUUAUUAUUAAAGUUGAUGAAAUGAA